AUCUCCCCCACGCAUCCAUCCCAGCUUUAAGGUUCUCAAGUAUAUAGCUGUGUACUCUUUUCCACCCGUCUGGAUCUUAGGUCUCCAUUAUAAGCCCUUCUGGCGCCUGGCAGCUUUUCUCCCUAAGCUUGGCGAAUCAACCGUUACGGCUCUCGAGAACCCUUCCAUUGCACUCAUCCCCCCGAUAUCGACUAUCUCCAGUACACUCGCAUUCAACGCCAUUGAUCGGUCCAUUCCAUCGGUUGCUGGGAAUAUUCUUCCGUCUCUCUCCAGUCAUUCCGUUGGCUGUCGUACACCCCUCUGUCAUCUUGUCAACUCUCAUUCCCUGUAGCUCCAUCUCGCUGGAUAAGAUUCACUUAUCCUCCUACCGCUCUUUGCCGUCUGGACCAACUCGUCUGCUCGGCGUAGAGUCUCAUAGGUCUCCUCGAACCACAACGUGACCUGAUACACCUCGGAUCAUCUUCUCCUCUCCUAUACGCUCAACGUCAUGAGCUUCAAUCGUCCACAACGUCGAGCCGCUCAAACUCACACCACCUACGCCGAGGAUAGUGACGUUGACGCCGAUGGCGAGUUUGAUCCUGAGCCAAUUCACGUCCCUCAGGAUGAUGAAGGACAUUACGAAGAUGACAGUAAAGAACAUAUCACUCGAUCCGGUCGACAUGCGAAGCGGCCUGAACGUUAUCAUCCCGAAGACGACAAUUUCAUCUCCAGUCCCCCUGAGCCUUCGCGGAGGAACAGUCGCAAAUCCAAGAAGUCGUCCGGCAGGAGGCGAACCCAUGACGAUGAAGAUGACGGGAUGAAUGCUCCACACUUGAUGGAAGACCGUCCUCGACGUAUGACUCGACAUUCCGCUGGAUCGGAAUCAGAUGAUCCACUGGCAGAGCCAUUUGUGGAUGAUGAUCAAGAAUUACCAAGUACGGAAGAAAGUCCACCCAGACUGCGAAGGAGAAGUGAACGUAAUGCACGGAGUAGUGGAAAUCGACGGACAGUACGGACGGAGGAACCUUCCAGGAGGUUGAGAGCGCGUACGAAUCAACCCAAUUACCAACUACCUCCACUUGACAUAAGUGCGGAGAUAGGCAGGCAGGAUGAUCAACCCAUGAGACCUAGUGCUCGCUCGAGGGGAUUGGGCGCUUUUGGAAAUGGGGCAGGAUUCGGUCCUGGUGCAGCAACGAAAGGUCUACCUUGGGCAUUGAAGGGUGGUCAACUGGCUAGAGCUAUGGGUGAUCCGGAUACCAGUGACUCGGUGUGUUAUUCGCACGAUGAUGAGGAUUUCCUUUCGCCGAUGAAGAAUGCGACUGGUGUAACAGGUUCAGGCGUUGGAAGUUCUGGCAGAGUAGGUCCUGCUACUGGCGCUCCCACCGAUGUCCCCAACUUCGGGAGAAUUAAUCCCAAAUCUUCAACUGCAGACGCCGAUCCGCUUGGAGUGGAUAUGAACGUAACUUUCGACAACGUCGGUGGUCUCGAUGAUCACAUCAACCAGCUCAAGGAAAUGGUCGCUCUACCUCUGCUAUAUCCCGAACUAUUCCAGCAAUUUGGCAUCACUCCACCUCGCGGCGUCCUCUUCCACGGACCUCCUGGGACAGGGAAAACUUUGCUGGCUCGAGCCCUCGCAGCGUCAUGUAGCACCGGAAACACCAAAAUAGCUUUCUUCAUGCGUAAAGGGGCUGAUGUGUUGUCGAAAUGGGUCGGAGAAGCCGAGCGUCAACUGCGAAUGUUAUUCGAAGAAGCUCGGGCGGCUCAGCCUUCCAUCAUCUUUUUCGAUGAGAUUGACGGUUUGGCACCUGUGAGAAGUUCAAAACAGGAUCAAAUACAUGCUUCCUUGGUAUCAACCCUCUUGGCCUUGAUGGACGGUAUGGACGGUAGAGGCCAAGUCAUCGUUAUUGGUGCGACCAACAGACCCGACGCUGUGGACUCAGCUCUCCGUCGACCUGGAAGAUUUGAUCGAGAAUUCUACUUCCCUCUCCCCAAUCGCGCAGCACGAAAGAAGAUCAUUGGCAUCAAUACUCGGAAAUGGAGUCCUCCCUUGUCUGACCAGUUCUUAGAACAUCUCGCAACUUUGACUAAAGGGUAUGGUGGUGCUGAUCUACGUGCUUUGUGUACUGAAGCUGCUCUUAAUGCGAUCCAAAGACGGUAUCCUCAAAUAUACAAAACACCCGAUCGGCUUCAAUUGGAGACAGGGAGUAUACAUGUCAAGCCCAAAGAUUUCAUGCUCUCUCUGAAAAAGAUUGUUCCCUCAUCAGCUAGAGCCUCAUCUUCAGUCGCUGUGCAGCUGCCUCAACAUCUGACGCCGUUACUGGAGCGUCCGUUAACUCGACUGAAAGAGGUUGUCGACCUGGCCUUGCCACCUUCGAAGAAUAAGACGGCUUUAGAAGAGGCUGAAUUUGAAGACGACGAUGAUUCGUUUGAGAAACACGCUAUGCUACAAGCGCUCGACAAGCUGAGGACUUUCAGACCUAGAAUACUGGUGUAUGGAUCAAGCGGGAUGGGUCAGAAUUAUCUAGGACCUGCUAUACUUCAUCACCUAGAAGGGUUUCAUGUUCAGAGUUUCGACUUGGGUACCUUGAUGAGUGAUUCCACUCGGACGACAGAAGCAGUUAUCGUACAAACCUUCGUGGAGGCCAAAAGACAUCAACCCAGUAUCAUAUACAUCCCUUCUUUAGCACAAUGGGCGGCAACCCUCUCCGAAGUGGCGCGAGCGACUGUGAAAGCUUUGCUUGACUCUGUCCCCCCUUCAGAUCCAGUAUUGUUACUUGCUUUGGUCGAUGGAAGUCUGGAGACCUUGCCCAGGGAUGUGAGGGAAUGGUUUGGACAUUCGUAUGAGAACAGGGUGGAGUUGAUACCACCUACUGUGUCGGAUCGGUCGGCAUAUUUCGCAGAUCUGAUAGCUUCAUUUCAUAAACCCCCGACCGCUUUUCCGGACGCUAUACCACGACGUAAACGGAUAUUGGAGACACUCCCUCUUGCUGACCCACUGCCACCAAGACAACCGUCGGAAGCGGAGAUUGCGAGAGAUUUGGAAAGGGAUAAUCAGGCGAGACAAAUGAUGAUUUUGAGUUUUGCUUCUUUCUUUCAGGAAUUGGGGAAGAAGUACAGGAAGGUGGCUGCGAGUGUCCGAGAGGACGCAAUGGGCCUCAGUGCCUAUCUCGCUGAAGAAGCGGCUGGAGCUGUACAAGCAACUCAACCAGGCCAUGAUAAUGCUGACAUCAAUGUGACUGCUCCGAACGGUAACGGAAACGGUGAUAGCGUGAUCGAAGUCACAAUUGACGACCUUUUCGCGCCUCCACCCACUACGUCCUUGCAUCUCACCAACCCCGAAACACAACCUCCUGUUGAACCUGCUCCUCCCGUCAUCGUCGACGCAUCCGCACCUCAACCCGAUCCCGCUACUUCUGUCUGGCAAGCCCACGAUAUAGAUCUCGACGUUAUCCAGCAUCGUCUUCUGAAGCACAAAUAUCACACCCCUACCGAGGUCCUCGCCGACGUUCGUAAGAUCGAACAAAACGCAGAGAAGUUGGACGUUGAUCGUCAAGCUCGAAUAGCGGAUAUGGCAGCGAACAUUCGAAUGCAUGUAGCAUCCUUCGAUCCCAAGUGGACACCGGAAUUCGAACGAUAUUCACUCAGUAUGAGAGCUAGGAAAGCCGAAAGGGAGAAACAAAAGGCCGCGGAAGCGACAACAAUUUCGUCACUUCCAGUCAAUCCCGAAAUUGCUCCUAUUCCUAUUUCUAUUCCUGUUCCCUCUCUCACACAUAAUGGUGUCCCCGAGAAUGUCAUGGAAGUACCAACAAUUGUUUCUGGACCAAGUGGAACUGAACAUGUCCAAAAUGGAGAUGAGGAUGUACAAAUGGAAGAUAGUCCAAGUCUAAAACGAUCAAGAGAAGAAUCACUUCCACCUCUACAUCUUGAUAAACGACCAAGAAACGAUCCAAUAAUUUCUCAAUCAACAGAACAUCCAUCUUACACAUCAUUACUAUCUCCAUCCGUCCCACCACCACGUCCAGUGGAAGAAAUAUCAAUACAUCCUCCUUUCGUCUUACCGCAAUCUCACCUUGACAUUCUAGAAACCGAAUUGACGGCUUCCACUGGGGAUCUGAACGUGGAACAAUUGGAACAAUUAAGAGCGAUGUUGUUUGAUAGAAUAUGGCGUAAGAGAGGAGAAUGGGAUAGGACGGGUGUGAUUGAUGAAUGUAGGCGAGUGGUGGAAAGGUUUGUGAAAGAAAUAGGAAAGAUGGAAGAGGAAUUUUGAAUUGAUUUGUUUGCUCUUUCUUACAUUACUCUAUGAAGGACAUGGAUGAUGCAUACUUUGCUUG